AUGGAAGAUUGGAUCCGCACCUUUGAUAAGCUAUUUGAUGCCGUUAAUUGCCCGAUGGAACAUAGAGUGGACACGGCUGCGUAUUACCUUCAGCAGGAGGCUGACAACUGGUGGGCUAAUGUUGGACCGGUACUACGCCAGCAACCCAACUUUGGCUGGGAAACUUUCAAGGAGGAGAUGAGAGGAAGAUUUUACCCAGCCCAUGUCAAGAUGGCCAAAUAUGAUGAAUUCCUACACCUGAGACAACCAGGAAGCAUGACAGUUCAAGAAUAUUAUGCUAAGUUCUUGGCACUAGCGCGAUUUUCACCUGCUUUAGUUCCGGAUGAGCCUAGGAAGGCCGAGAAGUUUAUUAAUGGACUGAAUUUUGAGACACAAAAGGUUGUAUGUGCAUUGACGUUCCAGACCCUAAACGAGGCCUACAGUAGUGCUGCCAGUCAUUAUCGAGUGCAGCAGAUUCAGAAGGACAUAAAUGGAAGGAACAAAAGGAAGAUAGAUGACGAUGUGCAACAAGGAGAUAAGCGACCUAAGUUUAAUUCUUUUGAGCCAAACCGAAAUUUCCAAAGAAAUAGUAACAACAAUAAUGGCAGAAAUCGUCAGGGUCAAGGCCAAGGAUUUGUGAAGAGGAAUCAAAUGGGGGACAGGCACUUUAACUGUAGGAUAUGCAAGAGGGAUCACCCAGGAACAGACUGUCAAGGAAAUUUGGUGAAGUGCUAUAACUGCAACAAGAUGGGACAUAGGGCCUAUGAGUGCUACGCCAAGAAGAAUGGGGAUACUCAAAAUCAAGGGCAGAACAUGAAUGGAAGUAAUCAAAAUGGGAACAGGCCCGGGAAUCCUGGAAACCGAGGUGGAAAUGGUGGUGGGAAUCACAAUCAGGGCAAUAAGAAUGGGAACAACAACAACUACACUCAGAACAAAAAUGGUGGCAAUGGGCAAGGGCGGAUCUUUGUUAUGAGCAGAGCCCAAGCAGAAGCUAAUGAUGUGGUUUCAGGUAUAUUCUUAGUAAACUCUAUACAUGCUUAUGUAUUAUUUGACUCUGGUGCGUCAAAUUCGUUUAUAUCUUCUACUUUUGUUAAGAAAUUGGGGAUAGAGCCAACUUCUAAGAUAAAGAUAAAUGUAAAGAUAGCCUCGGGUAGAGUGAUGACUUGUGAGGAUAUGUACGAAAACCUGUCAAUUGUUAUUGCUGGAACAAACUUCCCUGGAGACUUAAUACAAUUUGAAUUAGAUGACAUAGAUGUGGUGUUAGGCAUGGAUUGGUUAGGCAAGUUUAAGGCCAAAAUCAUAUGCAAUGAACAAAAGGUGAUUCUAAGAGGUACCAAUGGAAAGCGAGUGUCAUACAAAGGAAAUAUAAUCAAACUAGAUGUGAAAUUGGUGACCAUGCAAAGAAUGAAGAAGUACGUGGAGAAAGGCCAUGAAGCUUACUAG